GCAGUAUGUCGGCCGGUCGCGGCUGGCUGGGUGGCGACAGCUCAACGGAGGACGGAGCGGGGCGGGCGGCGGCACGGCGGGCUCAGACACCGGGCUAACGGAACUCUGCACUGUGAGCCAUGGAACAGCUGACUGAGUUUGUGAGUAAAUCGUUUGACCGCGCCGCGGCGGAGGAGGCGGCGACGCGAGAGGAGGUGACCCUCCUCCCUCCGCCGCCGGUGAAGGAGGAAAGUGAGGACGAUGAGGACUGUGUGGAGGAGGAGGAGGACCAGCAGCAGCCUGUCGACAUGAGGACGGCCGUGCUGCCCGAUUCGUCCUCACCGACGCUCAAGUUAGAUGAGACGGAAGGGGCUCCCUGCAGUCGUCAGGAGGACAGCGACUCGGCCGCCGCUCCGGCCGACCCCUCCAACUCCAACUCCAGCUCCUCAAAGGUCAAACAGCGGCGCAGCAGGACUAACUUCACACUGGAGCAGCUCUCGGAGCUGGAGCGGCUCUUUGACGAGACCCACUACCCGGACGCCUUCAUGAGGGAGGAGUUGAGCCAGCGCCUGGGGCUCAGCGAGGCCAGAGUUCAGGUCUGGUUCCAAAACCGCAGAGCGAAAUGCAGAAAACAUGAAAGUCAGAUACACAAAGCCGGUAUGCUUCUUGGUCCGACGGUCUCUGCCGCCGGCGUGUCGGGCCCGUCGGGGGCGGCGGUGCGGCCGGCCGGCGUGCCGCUCGAGCCGUGCCCGAUGACGCCCCUGAGCCCGUACCCGGGCCGGCUGGCGGCUCACAGCAGUCACCUGGUGCCGCCACCCGAUCAGAUUACCGCCGCCGUCAGCCGGCUGUCAGCGCUCGACCCGGCCCUGCUCCAGUACGCGGCGGCGGCGGCCUCUCUGUCAGCUGUGACCUCCCUGGCGAGUUCUCACCACGCACCACCACCACCCCCGCCACCACUGCUGUUUUACCCGAGCGCCGGCUACCCGCUGGGACUGGGCUCUGCCGUAUGGAGUUCGGCCGGCCGGCUCGCCUCCAAGACGAGCAGCAUCGCCGACCUGCGCAUGAAGGCCCGCAAACACGCCGAGAGUCUGGGCGCCGCGCUCGGCUCCAGGCUCUCACCAGUCUGAGUCUGGUGUUUGAGUCUCCCAGUCUGAGUCGUGGUUGAGUCUCACCAGACUUGGCGUCGGACUCUCCUCAGUCAGUCCUGGUGUGAGAGUCUCACAAGUAUGAGUCACGGACUCCGGAGUCUCUUCAGUCUGAGUCCCAGAGUCAGACUCAAAGGCGCUUUUAAUAGUAUGAGUCCUGAAGUCAGAGUCGAGUCGGUCUAAACAACGGGGUCGGAGUCUCCUGUUUGAGUAACAGUGUCAGGUUCGCUGGUAUGAGUCACGGUAGAGCCAGAUUCUCACCGAUUGGAGUCUACAUAGGGGUCUCAGUACGGUCUGAGCCGCACUAGGAGAGAGUCAUUAGACACCUGAACUUGUGAGUCGGUGAGCCAGGAGGCUUCUUCAGAUGAGCCAAAUUGCCAGAAAAGCAGUUUUGAAUGAGGGAGUGCUGUCAGAAUAGGGAAACGUUCAUUAAAUGGAGUCAUUGCAAUGUCAGUGCUGCAGUAGCGUGCCCUUGCUGCAUAAACUGGUAUUGUGAUAUGUGCUUAGUGCAAGUAUCUACAACUUUUAUUUGUUCUCAGUGCAGCUUGAAAAAAUAACAAAAUUUUCGUUAAACAUUGCUGGUAGGUAUUGCUAUUAACUUCACGGAACGCUAGUUGAUAAACUGAUUAUUUUUGCACCGCAAAUACCUACUCGAGCUCAUUAAGUUGGUCUCAUAGUGAUCUCUGAGAAGUACACAGAUCUCAUGCGCCUAAAUGUGAGCGGUGGUUAAAAGGUCCAUCGUUGUGUGAAAAGGCUCGUCGCGUUUUUUUUUUUUAGAAUAUUUGUGCGCGAUGUUGGGGUUCAAGCUCCGUUAGAGCUGAGUUUAUUCGGCGCGGAUGUACCGGGAGCAUACAGAAAGUGUUACGGACAUAUUAUUGCCUGUAGCGUGCUUUAUUGGACGAAAUGCAGCUGAAGCAUCCUCUUGAAGUUUGACGCUGGCAGGGCAUGCUGUAACCCGCGAUGUGCCAUCAAGGGGUAAAUAGAUACACGUGCAAUGUGGGUGGGCUGUUGUCAUUCUUGUGGAGAGCGUUCCCCGGCGCAACUGUUAUGUGCCGAUUGCUAUUUUGGUAUGUGUGUCAGUCUGGGUAUGCCUAAUGUGCUAGUGCGCUCAGCGACACAUAUUUCUGUGUAGAUGUAGACUUAUGUUCCCCUGUAUUAAAGGUAUCGUAAAAGUUAUUAUGUGGCAAAAAGUAUAUGUGUCAAUAAUUUCUUCUAUGAAUAAUCGGGGAUAAAAUUAGUCAGUAAUGUAUGUAAUAAAAAAGCAAGGGAUAAGCGUCAAAAGUAUUCUAGGCAUUUAUCGGAUAUAUCCGAUAAAUGCCUUUGAGAUCCGCUAUAGCAUAUGCAUUUUCAUAACCAUUUUCAGGAGCGAAAUGUUUGAUAAAUAUAGCUCGAAUAUAUUUGUCUCAGCUCGAAUAUGUUUGUCUUUAUUUUGAAUUCAUUGGCGAUUUCAUCAUGUAUGCUAUUGCAAAAGUGUGGCGAAUUCGGAAAAGCUUGCGAUGUGCUAUGCUUUUGCCGAAACAUGUGAAUUUCUUUAGUUUACCGGGUAAUAUAGUACAUCGGAAGCUACCCAUUAAUAUGCUACCAAUUUCGCAAUAUUAACAUGUAAAUGCUGUUCCCACGCCAGCUUGCACAACCUUUACUUGCCCACCUUUGUGCAUGUGUAGGUAUAAGGAACCCUAAAUAAAUUGUUCGGCGAUGUA